AUGCCCGGAUUCAAGGCAAGUCAGGCCGUGUCGGCCACGGGAAAUCCGACUUCGUCGGGCUUCAGCCAACACGUGCAGGACCUCGGUCAGGGAGCUGCUGCUCUCGAAGUAGAAAUACGCGAGGUGACCGACGAAGCGGAAAUACUAGAGCCUCAGCUGCACGCCAACAAUCUGCUUGUUGCUUCUAUCGUAGCGUCCAGCGCAUCUCUGACAGUCCUGCGAGAGACAUGGAUCGCCGAGGACAAGACGGUAGCCAACUUGUUCGCUGUUGAACGGUCCACCCUCAAUGAGGUCUACCGUGAAUUUUGCACCGUCGUCGUCGCCCGUCUCGAAGAACAGUUCUUAAAAACGAUCAAGGCUUCUGAAAUGAAGCAGCACAUACGGGACUUCGAAGCAGUAUAUGUGGUUCCCCCCCGGGGUGUUAGCACCCUUGAUGGAUGCCACUUUGCAGUGUCACCUCCCAAAGAGCAUGCUGCUGAUUAUUAUAACUACAAGGGCUGUGGUACAGCAGUUCCUCCACUUAUACACUGCGACCAAGCGUUCCCGCUUAGCAAGUCCUUGGUGAAACCUUUCCCUCACAAUGCACCACCCACACCGGCACAGAGCACCUUCAACUACUACCUGUCACGGUCGAGGAUAGUCGUCGAGAACGCUUUUGGCAGAUUGAAAGCCCGCUUCCGAUACGUGAUGAAAAGGACGGAAUGCGACACAGGAAGCGUCCAUGUCACCAUACGCGCUUGCUGCAUAUUGCAUAACAUGUGCGAACAUUUCAGCGAUGUUGCAGACCCAACGUGGAUCGCAGAGGCGACAUCCAUCGAUCAGGCACGGGGUCAGCCAGAGCACCUCACCUCCGGAUGCACAAGCAGCGGUACCAGAGUGCGCGAGGCACUUGUCGGUUAUUUUCAAAAUUGGUAA